GAGAGGGGAAGUGCGCGACCGUCUCGCCCGUCAUUAUCACCCGCCUCCCCUAUAAAUACGACGGAACCCCGCCCGCCUCCUUUCCUCCGCCCCCGCUUCCGUGUCCCGGCCAGCGCCGCCCUCUUUCCCGGCCCCCUUUUGCUCAUCCUCAUUCAAAGCCCAGGUUCUGUCUUCUCUGCGUGUGUGUGUGUGAUCGGUCAUCGGUGGGCGAGGACUAUGUCGCCGCCGACGAACGGGAACGGCGCCACCUCGCUUCCCAUGGCGGGCCUGUCAGACGCGCUGCUCUUCCCCUUCGAUGGCUUCUCCGCCGACGACUUCUUCGCCACCGCCCCGCCUCCCCCCCCUCCUCCUGCUCCUCCUCUCGGCGCCGACACGGGGCGCCUCCUCCUGGCCUCCUCCCGCAACGACGACGUCCACGCCUCCACGGACCUCGCCGUCGCGGCACCCGUCGAGACCACCGGGAGCUCCUCCGCGCUGGGGCCGCUGCCGCUGACGCCGAGCGGCGGGCAAAGGACGUCGUGCUACCGCGGGGUGACCAGGCACCGGUGGACCAGACGGUACGAGGCGCACCUGUGGGACAACACGUGCCGGCGGGAGGGCCAGAAACGCAAGGGACGCCAAGUUUACUUGGGUGGCUAUGAAAAAGAAGAUAGGGCUGCUAGGGCAUAUGAUCUUGCUGCUCUGAAAUACUGGGGCUCCAAUGCUACCACUAAUUUCCCUAAAGAAAACUACAUCAGAGAGCUUGAGGAGAUGCAAAACAUGAGCAGGCAGGAGCUUGUAGCUUCACUAAGGAGGAAGAGCAGUGGCUUCUCUAGGGGUGCAUCCGUGUACAGAGGUGUCACAAGGCACCACCAACAUGGACGCUGGCAGGCAAGAAUUGGUCGUGUUGCAGGCAACAAGGACUUGUACCUGGGGACUUUCGCGACUGAAGAAGAAGCGGCGGAGGCGUACGACAUCGCAGCGCUGAAGUUCAGGGGCGACAACGCCGUCACCAACUUCGAACCCAGCCGGUACAACCUGGAGGCGAUCGCCUGCAGCGACCUUCCGGUCAACGGGAGGCGGAUGAGCAGCCACAAGCCAGCAGCAGCACCAGAACCGCUAGGCCAAAUCACCUUCGCGCCCUCCGCUCCUCCGAUUCCCGAGCAGCAGUGGGGCAGCGACAUGCCAGUGCCACCUUAUGUCCUCCACGGCCUUGUGCAGCUCCAGGCCUCUCAGCCCCUGCACGCUCUGCCGCUUUCGAGCUACAGCUUCGGCGAGCCCAGCUUCUACUGGCCGUUCGGCGACGUUGAGCAGAAGGUGCAGCUCGACAGCAAGGUGGAGGUGGCUGGUGGCAUCCUUCAGCUAGCCAACUCGGCCGUCUAGUGUCUAGUCUCUCUACUCUGAAGGACCCAUGCUUUUGGAAAUGCAUGCGAGGAAGUGCAGCGAUGUUUUGGCUUGGGUAGCUGGGAGGUGAUACAGUAUUUUGCUGCUGCUGGUUUGGAACUCACCACCUGAACAUAGGGUAUAGUUACUGGUGCCGCUUGGUUCCAGUUGUCCUCUUCUAUGUGUAAAGGUUAUUAAAGCCAGUUAGUGAACUUGAGUAGAUGCUGCUCCUGGUAAGUGAUAGGGGUAGCAGGGCGAAAGAAGCUCCAAGGGCGGUGGUAGCGGCAUAUGUCGGCUGCCGUGUAGAGCAGUUCCUUGAAGAAGUUUAUGGCGCACCUCAGAAUGGCAUGCUAAGUUAUCUAGUUUUAAUCGAUGGGUUCUUUUGAA